UACUUCGUGAAAACAUCUGUGAUGUGUCAAAUUGCGUGUAUGUUUUGUGAGCGAUUGUGUUUUGGCCACAGCGUAGUUUUGAGUGAAAAAUGUUAAUUAAUUCCAACGACAGCAGGAAGGAGAUCAAGUGAUUCCACAGCGAGACGCCUGAGUAGUUUGUGCAGAAUGUCGUGGCUGAAUUUGGACAGUCUGAACAGCAUCAAGGGCCAAAUCACGAAGGUGAUUCAGGAGACGGUCGUGCAGCCAAUUCAAGAGGAGGAUGAGGUUGACCACGUAGUCAAGCUGGAGAAUGCCACUGUGCGCAUCCAGGAGCUCACUGAGCUCUGCUCCACACAGGAUCAGGAGCUCGCGACACUGCGAAGGCAGAUUCUUGAAUUACAGCAACUGCAGCAGGCAAAAGUCGCUGAAUGUGGCGCUGGAAAAACGUCUCAAGAGCCAAAUGUGCCGAUUGACGACAGUUGGUUUUGGGAGCCGGACAACAACACGUCCUCGUCAUCGUCGAAGAAUGAGGAAAUCCUCUCGAAGUCACCGUCCGGCGGUGACUUGACCAUCAUUCCACUGGAUCAGUCGAGCGAUGCCGACGCCCAGGAGCGCUAUCAGAAGCGAAUUGACGACACGGAGGCGAAGCUGAAGAAGGUCAAUUUCGAGAAUGCCGUGCUGCAUGAGAAGAUCAAGCAAUUGACGGGGGAAAACAGGAGUUUGAAUGAGAACAUCGACGAAUUGGACAGGCAGAACUCGAUGAUUGUGGACAAUUUGCUCGGCCAGAAGAAUCAACUGCAAGAGAAGCUGAAUGAAUUGAAGUCCUCAGCAGAAGAUCUGCCCAAAGUGAGGAAAGAACUCGCGGAUUUGACUGCCAAGCAUGAGAAAAUCGAGAGCGCUUAUGUGACCAGUGUGCAGGAGAACGUGAACACCAAGGCGCAAAUGGAGGCCAUCAACACAGAGUUGCGGAGGGCAGUUUGUGAGAAUGUGGAGCUCGUGGCGUCGAUGGAGGUGAAGAAUGACGAGUUGAGGAGUCUCUUGACGGAGAAGGAUAAGCUGCAGCAUGAAUUCCAGGACUUUUUCGUGAAGAUGAAGAGCGAGAGGGACAAUGAGUCGGCAACGGUGAAGCAGUUGACGGAUAAAAUCCAAUUCCUCGAGGAGGAUGUCCAGAAAUCCACAAGUUACUCGGCAGAGAUCAAGGAAAAGGUGGUGGAAUUGAGUGAGAAACUGCAACAGGAGAUGCAGGAGAAGCAGACAAUUGAGCAAGAGUUUCUCGCCUAUCAGGAAACUGUGCGAGAGUUGAAGAAAAACUCCACGGAUUCCCAGAAGCUGGAGGAUCAGGAGUUGCAGGAGAUGAAGAGGAAAUUCCCGGUGAUCGAGGAGGAACUCAGGCAAUCCAAUGAAGCGCGGGAGAUGGCAGAAAUCGCACUGAAGGAUUUCCAGGAUAAAUUCAGAGCUCUUGAGAUUGAACACAAGCAAAUCAACGAGGAUUUUGUGGCUCUGCAGGAGGAUGACUUGAAUCUCCAGCGGGAGUUUAAUGACCUCAAGGAGAAGUGUCGCAGUGUUGAGGAAGAGAAGCAGGAGUCGACGUCUCACUUCCAGGGAUUGGAGGAGAAGCUGAUGCAAGCGGAGAAGACAAUGCAAGACAUUGCGAAGAAGUAUGAGGAUGUUAAGGUGGAGAAGAGGCAGAUUGAGCAGGACUUUAUUGCCCUCCAGGAGGAUGAUUUGAAUCUGCAGCGGGAAUUCCAUGGCUUCCGCGAGCAGCAGAAUGUGGAGAAUGACAAUUUCCAGAAACUCUCCGAGGACAAUAACAAUCUGCAGCGUCAGAUCAUCGAUCUGCAGUCGAGGAUCAACAGCAGGGAUGUUGAGGAUGUUGUUGCUGUGAGGAUUCCUUCCUCAGCCGUUCAGGAGCUGCUGAAGAAGUAUGGAAAUUUGUCGUCUGACGCAGAUGAUGUUCUCCGAUCCCUGGAGGACUUUCUGAAGUCCUCGCAGGACACGAAAUACAAACUGGAAGCUGUUGAGAAGCGACUCGCCGAGGCGUUCAGUGGCGUCAAUCAGCAGAAGGAGGAGAUCCGGAAGUUGGAGCAUGAGAAGAAGACCAUCCAGGCGGAUCUGAUGCACUAUGAGAUCGAGUGCAGUGAGUUGAUGAAGAACAAUGAGAUUCUGGUGCAGGAAUUGGAGGAGAUCAAGUCGGGAAAGCUGGAGACCAUCCAGGAGAACAGCGAGGAAACCGUGGCGAUGCUGGAGAAGCAACUGGAGGAGUGCAAUAGCAUCAAUCGCGAGCUGGAGAAUGAUUGUCAGGCGCUCAAUAAGCGUCUGGACGCGAUGGAGAGUGAAAGGGAGGAGAUUCUGCAGAAGUUGGGUCAUCUGGAGAGCCUGGAAAGUGAGGGAAAUCAGAAGAUCAGUGAGCUGAAGCGUCUCGUGAGUUCGCUGGAGAAUGAGAAGUCAAAUCUGCAGUUUGAAUUGACGGAAUUGAGUGUUGGGGAGUCGAAGGCGUCCCAGGAUGAGGUGGAGAAGCUCCAGAAGAGAGUGUCUGAGCUUGAGGAGCAAUUGAGGGAGAAAUCCCAGGAGGUGGAGAAGAUGAGCGGCGGCUUCGAUGCGCUGUCCAAGGAGAAGAAUGACCUCAUCAAUCUCGUGACUGUGAAGCACAACGAGAGUGUUCAGUAUCACGCGGAGAUUCAGCGGCUGAGUCAGCUUCUGCAGCUGGAGAUGACUAAGGUUGUCGCCUGUCAGAAGUGCCCAGAGAUGCAGCGGAUGUUGCAGGAGAGUCAGGCGGCUGUGGCGCGAGUGGCGGAGCUGGAGAAGCUGCCCGAUCAGGUGGAUUGUCUGAGGCAGAAGGCGGAUCUGCUGGCGAAUUCGCUGCUCACUGAGCAGCAGACGGUGAAGCUGCUGGUGAAGGAGAAGCAGGAGCUGCAGGAGGACAAGGCGGGUCUGGCGAAGGACUGCGAGCGGCUGAGGCAGCAUCUGCUGGCCGUGGAGGAGGACCAGACCGUGCAGAUGAUGGAGCUGCAGCGCCAGGCGGAGGAGUACAAGAGCAAGCUGACGCUGCUCGAGCAAGAGGCCCAGAAAUCCAGCACAGCUUACACCUCAGCCAGUAUUCGAGCUAAUCAACAUGCAGAAACCCUGCAAGCUCAGUAUAUGUUGCUGUCGCAGCAGAGAGAUGAGAUUUCGGCGAAGCUGAGUUCUGCUGAAGACAGAGAAUCGAAGAAUCAGGCUGCAUUGAUAAAUCUGCAGUGCGCUCUUGAGCAAUUCCAACGAGAUAAAGAUCGUGAUGUCGAGGCGACGACGUACAGAAUUAGAAAGCAACUCGAGGAGGAGCGAAAAGCCAACGAAAGCAUUCUGAAUGAGGUGAAGUGUCUGCAGAGUCAACUGACGGACGCCAAAACUGGUCUCUUGGCCGCUUCGCGGAUCUCAGAUCAGUUGGAAAUGAGCCAGGCAAGCCUUUCCGCGCAGCGCGAAGAGAUGGAGAAACUCUUGGAGAAGUGCUCAAAGCUGGAGCAGAAGAUUCACGACACGGAGACAAAUCAGGCGGACAAGGUUGAGAAGACGCUGAUCAAGAAUCUCGUCAUUGGCUACGUGUCGGCGCCGAAUCAGGGUGACAAGUCGCAAAUCCUGAAGCUCAUUUCAGCCGUGCUGGAUUUCAAUCAGACGGAAUCCGACAGGAUUGGCUUGAAAUCAUCACAGAGUUCAGAUGAAUCCCAGGGAUUGGCGCAGGCGUUCGUGAAGUUCCUGGAGAAGGAAUCGCAGCCAAGUCAGCCGCCGGCCAGUGGAUCUCUGCUGAACAUCACGCACGGCGCCACGAGUGCCAAGAAGCCUCCAGUCGCUGCCAAGGCGCCCGAAGUUGAGCCUCCGCCGCCAGUGCAGCCGAUUCUCCUGUCCGACAACAUUCUGCAGGCGCUGUCGCCGCCGCGCAACUCCAGCACAAUCCUCAAAGACAUCCUCAACGACACUUGACUGUAAUUCUUCAGCCGCACUUCCAAACACCAGGGCGAGGGUCUUUUCUGCUAUCAUGUAAAUUAGUCUUUUCUUUGUCAUGUUAAUAAAUUCUACGCUGAUGGUUUCAAAAGA